ACACAAAUUCAGUCAUCCAGUGCAGACCAGAGGUCCAAAGCGAGUUACAAGUGCCGUAAACACAUGCGUCAUCAACAUUAGCCACAUUAUCCCGCUGACAUACAUAGUUGCAUUAGCUAAUUAUAACAUUAGUAAACACAGACAAGCUGUUUACGAUCGCUUGGAUAGCUAUGGUAACUGGCUACUUCUGAGAAACAGUUUAAUGAUGGAUACGAAACAGUUUAAUGAUGGAUACGAAACAGUCACGUAGUGGAAGAAAUAUGGCGGCCCGCUGGAGCAGUGAGAAUGUGGUGGUGGAGUUCAGAGAUGCACAGGCUACCGCCAUGUCAGUGGAUUGCCUGGGCCGCCAUGCUGUACUGUCAGGGCGACGUUUCCUCUACAUGGUAAACUUGGAGAUUCCGUCUGAGACCCCACGGAAGAUUGGGCGACAGAGCAAGUGGGACGUGGGCACUGUGCAGUGGAAUCCACACAAAUCAGAGGCACAUCUUUUUGCUGCAUCUAGUAACCAGCGUGUGGACCUCUAUGUCUGGCGUGAUGGGUGUGGGGAGGCUCACACAUCUCUACAGGGACACACACGUGUAAUAAGUGACCUAGACUGGUCUUGGUUUGAACCAGAAUAUCUUGUGACGAGCUCGGUUGACACAUACAUCUACAUCUGGGACACAAGAGACACUCGGAAGCCAACGGUGGCCUUAUCUGCAGUGGCUGGGGCAUCCCAAGUGAAAUGGAACCGUCGAAAUCCAAGCUGCCUAGCUUCUAGCCAUGAUGGAGACGUAAGAAUCUGGGAUAAAAGGAAACCCAAUACUGCUGUGGAGUAUGUUGCAGCCCACUUGUCAAAGAUCCAUGGCCUGGACUGGCACCCAGACAAUGAGUAUAUCCUGGCAACAUCAAGCCAGGACAACUCUGUGCGGUUCUGGGACUUUAGACAGCCUAGGAAGUACCUCAACAUCCUGUCUUGCCAAGUACCUGUGUGGAAGGCAAGAUACACGCCCUUCUCUAAUGGGCUGGUCACAGUCAUGGUGCCCCAGCUGAGACGGGAGAACAGCUUGCUCCUGUGGAGCACAUUAGAUCUCAAUAGUCCUGUGCACGCUUUCGUGGGUCAUGACGAUGUGGUGCUGGAGUUCCAGUGGAGACCGCAAAAAGAGGGUUCCAAAGACUAUCAGCUAGUCACAUGGUCCAGAGACCAGACUCUGCGCAUAUGGCGCGUGGAUCCUCAACUACAGAAGCUGUGUGCCAAUGACAUUGUGGAGGAGCUUGUGGAGGGUAUGGCCCUGAACACAGAGUCAGAGAAGACCUUGCCCUCCCAGGAUUCUGAGCCCCCACUGAGCCCAGGCCUCUCCUCAGAGGAUCUGCAAGACCAGCAGGAGGGCCUGCAGGCUGCACUGAUGGGCGGUGGACGGCAAGAUGCUCCUGGCCUGCCCCAGACCCUACAGCAGGAGUUCUCUCUGGUCAACCUCCAGAUCCGCAAUGUCAACGUUGAGAUGGAUGCUGUGAAUCGGAGCUGUUUUGUGUCGGCACAUUGUGGUGCCAACCGAGUGCGGCUGGUGGUGAAGUUCCCGGCUCAGUACCCCAACAAUGCAGCACCCACCUUCCAGUUUGUUCCCCCAACCACCAUCUCAUCUUCCAUGAAGAUUAAGAUCCUGAAGAUUCUGACAGACACAUCUCUGCAGAAAGUCAAAAGGAACCAGAACUGUCUGGAACCAUGUGUCAGACAGCUGGUAUCCUGCUUGGAGUCGGAUAUGGAGGACGGCACAGCAGCCAACCCUUAUGUGCUGUCCAACCCAGUCACUCCUGCCCUGCCUGCCUUCCCUCGCGUCACCAACACCUACGGCUCCUACCAGGACGCCAACAUCCCUUUCCCACGCACCUCCGGGGCUCGGUUUUGUGGAACCGGUUCCCUGGUGUAUUUCACUCGUCCCACGACUAUGCAUCGCUCACUCCCUCCCACAGAACCAACUCCCAGGUCGCUGUCGGCGCUCUCAGCCUACCACAGUGGGGUGCUGACGCCCAUGAAGAUGCGCACUGAAUCUCAAAGCACUCUCCGGCUGUACAGCGGCAGCCCCACUCGCUCCGACAAAGAGCAAGUCUCCAUCUCCUCUUUCUACUACAAGGAGCGGAAGCCUCCUCAGUCCAUUCUUCGCCGCUGGUCUGUGCAGGCUAUUCAUGACUGUCCGAAAUCACGCCGCUGGAAGAGCAAGCGUGAAGGCGGGGACUACGGCAACAAGCCUAUUAAGCCGGCAGGCAAGGUCAUCAUCCAGGAGAUCUCCUGCCUGCUGCCCAUCCACAAAGCCCUGGGGGAAACUUACGUUUUGAAUGUGAAUGACAUACAGGACACGUGUCAGAAGAACUCAGCAGCUGCGCUGGCAGUGGGGCGGAGAGACUUGGCCAAGGUGUGGGCCUUGGCCUCUGCGGCCACCAGUGUGGACCUCAGUCCAGAUUCUGACCCAGAUGCUGACACCCCCUGGGCCAGACACCCCUUUGGACGCCACCUGUUGGAGACACUACUGGACCAUUACAGUCAGAUGAGUGACGUGCAGAGCCUGGCUAUGCUGUGCAGUGUGUUCCAAGCCCAGGGCAGCCCACAGGACUACUUCACUCUGUAUGGACACCACGUCCCUCGCUCCGCCAUCUUCGCCCCCCACCACAUGCGCUACCCCAGCUACACCUCUAGUUCAGUCACAUCUGGCUCGUGCUCCAGUACCUCAGACUCCACCACCACUGCCUGGAAUAUUGCUGGUCGAGACCCUGAACAUGCUCCACCCUGGGGAGAGUCAUCCCCAGACGAUUAUCGCUAUGCCAACCAGGUGUACAGUGACCCGCGCGAAAGGGAGAAAGAACAGCAUGACAUGAAUAAGAGGCUCCUCGAUCCAGCUAAUGCAUUGCAGUUUGAUGACUUUAAGAAGUGCUACGGUGAAAUCCUGCAUCGCUGGGGUCUUAAGGAAAAGAGGUCUGAGGUCCUCAAGUUUGUAUCCUGUCCACCAGAGCCACACAAGGGCAUUGAGUUUGGUGUGUACUGCUGUCACUGUCGGAGCCAGGCCAGAGGCACCCAGUGUGCCGUGUGCAAGCGCUUCACCUUCCAGUGUGCUAUUUGCCACGUGGCAGUGCGUGGCUCCUCCAACUUCUGCCUCAGCUGUGGACAUGGCGGGCAUACCAGCCACAUGAUGGAGUGGUUCCGUGUCCAGGAGGUUUGCCCUACUGGCUGUGGGUGCCACUGCCUGCUGCAGAGCACCUUUUGAGAACCCCCCCCCACCACCACUUAGGCAACACAGCUGGGUCUCUGCCUCAUUAGAGCCUGUUGGACUCCAUCACACAUGGAGAAAAGACCGUGGAGAUGACUGAAUGUCGGAUUGGUCAUACAGAGUUUAGUGUUUGCGUGACAGAACCACGCAACUGCACUGCUUGAUGAACAGUCACAUUAGAGGGCAUCCCAUGUUGUGAUGUGAAGACUUUGUGACCUCAAAGGCCUAUUUAAUUUAUAUCUUGAAUUCAUGGUUCUCUGUGGUGCCAAGAUCUUUAUUUAUGGAAUGAGUGGCAUUGAUCUAGUGCCUAAAAUGUGUAUUUAACUCUACUUAAUGCCUAUUGUUGGCAGAUUGUACUUAACUUUUAGAAUCACUCACCUUUUGUGACUAAAACUUUUAAGAAUCAGACCCCUAUGUUGGGGGUUGCUUGAAUCUUCACAUUUUCAUGAAGGAUUGCCCAGCAUAUACAGACUGUCUGCCAUAAGACGAUUAAAACAAUGUUCAAAUGCA